CAAAGUUACUUAGACAAGUUCACCUCUAUGACUCGGACAGUUGGUUCGUUGUGACCAUCUCGCACCAUCCUCUUACAAACCAACCGUAGACAUGGCGGAUAAGGAAAAGAAGAAAAAGACUAAAAAGAAGGAGGAGGCGGCGCCAGCUCCUGCCCCUGAACCUGAACCAGCACCCCCAGCGGAGGAAAAGCCACCAACUCCUACUGGUACACCUAAGGAAUCUGGCUCGACCAGAGCCAGCAGUCGUGGCAGCCGCAAAGCAAAACGCACUGGAUCCAGUGUGUUUUCUAUGUUCACACAGAAACAGGUUGCCGAAUUCAAGGAGGCAUUCCAACUUAUGGAUGCAGACAAGGAUGGUGUAAUCGGAAAGAACGACCUGCGCGCGACUUUCGAUUCCGUUGGUCGUCUUGUCACUGACAAAGAAUUAGAUGACAUGCUAAACGAAGUACCUGUGCCGAUCAAUUUCACACAAUUGCUGAAUCUGUUCGCAACUCGCAUGUCAGGAUCAGGCACUGAUGACGAUGAAACCGUUAUUGCUGCCUUUAGCACCUUCGAUGUGGACGGUAAAAUUGAUGGUGAAAGAUUGAGGCACGCUUUAAUGACGUACGGUGACAAAUUUACUGCGAAAGAAGUCGACGAUGCAUACGACAAUAUGUACAUUGACGACAAAGGUUUCAUCGACACACAAAGCCUUAUCGCGAUGCUGACUGGUACGGGCGACGAGGAUGAGGAAUAACUUUAAGUGAUGUUCAACCAGAAGAAAUUUCUGUUAAACCUCUGUUCAUUGAAAACAAAGUCUCGUAUUAGUGUCAGGCUCGUUUGGUUUGCUUCCAAAGGACGAAAAAACGGCGAUAAAGCAAUCAUAAUCAUUCCCUAUUGUUUGUUCUUCACUGGUUAAAGUCUUUUUUCUGAGGGAACUGUUUUCAAUAAUAAAAGUACGUUAAUAAUCGCCAAGUAAAUACAAAAUAUUCUCUUGGAUGUAAAAACAGCGCAUCUGACGAUAAACGAGGCUUCAAAUCUCUAUAUUAUUGUUCAUAUAAUAAAAGUACUUUAAAACUUACAAUAA